AUGCAGGACGUGGCAGACCGCCUCACUGCGCUCCUCGAGAAGCACUGCCCUGAGAAGGAGGACGAUUCGGAGGGUACGGGGAAAGAAGAGGAUGCAAGCAACGGGGGCGUGUCGUCAAGGAAUGUCUCUUCUGUGAUUGGGAGGGCGGCUGUCCUCUCGGCUCGAGCACUGCUCAUGAGUGAGAGGGCGGCAUCCUUGCUCCAGCAGGCGCCGCAUCGCAUCUCCAGCAGCAGCGACGCCAUGGCCGUGGUGCGUUGCGUGCUGCAUCGCAUCUCCAGAACCUUCAAGAACUGCGCUGCACUCUCUGCCUCCAGUGAUCCACAUCACUUUCGCCCUCCUCUCCCUUCCCUUCUGUUGUCCCUUCCUGAUCUUCCACCCUAUUUUCCUCCUUUCCUUCCUCCCCUUACUCUUCCUCCCUUUUUGCCUCCUUUCUUUCCUCCCCUUCCUCUUCCACAUGCACGUCACCUUGUCGUACCAGACUCACACGCACAGCCACCCUCUACACUCCUCUACCUCUACUCUCUCCUCAACGCUCGCAGACCUCGCACCCUCCUCCCCACCACACUACCGCCUGCCUGGCGUACAAUGAGCACUCGCUUGAACAGCACCCCACCCCCCCCACAACUCCCUGUGCCUGCUCUGCGCUCUCCUCCUCUGCUCUGCUGUUCUGAGCCUGCUCUACGUUCUGCUGCUCUCCUGCUCUCCUGCUCGCCUGCACCUCCCACCCGUGUGCCCUGCACCACCAUCACAGCCCGCAGGAGGAACGCCAUGUUUGCACUUCGCACCACCACCACCACCACCUCUUCUGCGCCCCUCCCCACAGCUCCCCGCCCACCCUGCCUCCCCUCUCCGCAUCUUCCACCCCCCUCCCCCCCUCCCCCUCAACCCCCCCCGCUGCUGCUGUAA